AUGCGUAGACCCUCUGAGACACCGCAGCACGAGACACAAGCUACAUCAAGCAAGCGACUGCCACUACAACCUGUUUCAGGAAAUCGCAGCAAUCCUACCACACCGCAUGCUAUCAAAGCGCUUCAGCAACGGCGUGCUACCCCAGCGUUUGCCAAGAGAAAGAGCGGCAGGUUCCAGCGAGAAACGCCCCGAGACAUCUUGCGAAACUUGAGUAGAGCUCUGGCAGCACCCCUGCAUACGUCGAAACCCACUCGAGAGUCCACCACUUCUGAUGGUGGUAGUGCUGAGCUCCGAAGAGAUGCUAUCUGGGAAGAUGAGCUUAGCCCAGAGCAACCUACAUUGUCCCUGCCAAUCGACAGGGGUGGUGAUAAUGAGGAUAGCUUUGACGCAGCACCACCUAGGUUCUCAAUGCCACUGGAAGAUGAAAAUCUUACAGAUCAGACAAUUGACGUCCCACGAGGAGAUUCUAGGCACAGGCGACUGUCGAGAGGAAGUUUUAGAAACUCUCGUCUUAGUGAUCGUUUUGCAAAAGCCCAUGGAAAUAGGCUGGAUGAAAGCAUUGAAACCCAAUAUCCAGAUCAAGAUCAAGAUCUCGACGAGCUCUCGGGCCCAGUCGGCCUGGAGAAUUUUGAGUCGGUGGAUCCUUCUGCAAAAUGUACGAACGAGCUGACUUUGAGCAGUGGUGGCACCGAAGACCUCCGCAGGAUGAUGCUGGGCAAAUUUCAGCAUUCGGAAGGGCGUGUGGCUGUUGGGAAUCUUGACGAGCAAGACGAGCGUCAAGACGAAUUCUCGCCCUUUGUUCUGAAUAUCCCAAAUUAUGAGCCUAGAGAAAGCAUGGCAUUUCUAGAACCGUCUCGCCCUCGAGAUGAUGACGUUCCCGUGCAAACUGGUGGCACAGAUCACUCGUUCGAUGAUGACGAACUUCAAUCAAGACUGUAUUCUUCGCCCGUUGCAAAGCUUAACCGUGUUGAGCGGCGUGCUCCGCUCAAGGUUCGAACGCCGAAAGCACCCAGACUUUCGCAAUAUGGAAUACCGUACAAAGCUUUUCCUCACGCGAUAACCAAAGGUAUUGCGGCAACUUUUGCUCGAUCGUCGACCGGACGAAGGCGUAGCCUCAGCAAGGAAACGCUAUUCGCAAUACGAGAGGCAGGCAAUGCAUUCCUCUCACAGCUGAGCGGUGAUCUUGGAAUAUUCACUCAGCACGCCGGUAGGAAGGUCAUUGAUGACGCAGAUAUAAUUGCGGUCAUGAAAAGGUUAUUUCUGUUCAAAUUCGUGUUGUCUGUCUCCUAG